AACUUAGUAUGCACGGUCGGUUGAAGCUAUACGGUGAACUAAUCAGUUAUACAAAAAUAAAGUGUGCACCUGACUAUCAAACCAAUUUCUCAUUCGGUUCCAAAAAUGAUUGAAGAAAUUUUACGUACAAUUCACGAUCUAUGGGAUUUGAUAAUUCUAUUAAUUUCGAUCGUUUAUAUGUAUGUACUAGCCGUGUACAAAUAUUUUGUACCUCCAGAUCUCGACUCAUUGGAUGGAAAAGUGAUUCUAAUUACAGGCUCGGCUGGUGGAAUAGGUCGCCAAAUAUGUUUGCAGUUAGCAACUACAACAAAGGCAAUGCUUAUAUGUUGGGAUGUUGAUAAACAAAGCAAUGAUAAAUUUGUCAGCGACCUCAUAAAACUAACCGCAGUGAAGGCCUUUUCGUACCAAGUAGACGUGUCGGACAGAUCCAACGUGCAAACAGCAAUUGAACAAGCUCGUAAGGAAAUUGGUGACAUCCAAAUAGUAAUAAACAAUGCCGGCAUAAUGCCUUGCAGACCAUUUCUACAGCAAAGUCCAGUGGAAUUAGAAAAAUCGUUUGAGAUCAAUGUUCUUUCGCAUUUUUGGAUUUUACGGGAAAUUUUACCUCGAAUGAUAGAGGUUAAUGAUGGUCAUAUUGUAACUGUGUGCUCCGCAGCUGGACUAAUUGCCACACGCAACUUAGCUGCAUAUAGUGGAACAAAACAUGCUGUUCAUGGAUUUAUUGAAUCGUUAAAAGAAGAAAUCAGGCAUGAUCCACGGAAACCCAACAUUAGGUUUACUACUGUUUAUCCAUUCGCUUGUAGCACGGGAAUGAUGUCCGGAGUGAAAAGUUAUAGCAGAUUUCCAUUUCUCGUUAAAACGAUACUGCAACCUGAAGAAGUUGCCGAAAAACUUGUACUCGGUUUGCGAGGAAAUAUCGAACACGUUUACAUUCCUGACUUUAUUAGUUUCGCUGGGACUACGGCAAAAUGUCUUCUACCAGAAGUUCAAAGAUUGGCUGUGGAUUUUAUGAACUGCUAUGUCGAGCCAGCAUAAAAACUUAUUGGCUAACGAGAUUGCCGACAAUGACGUAAUAUGUGCUUGUAUAAUAUGUGA